CCUGCAGAAUCUUUCAUAAUGUCUCCUAUAACUCCAUCUGCUAUAACACUUAUUCUCUACAUGACAUCAGUCAUAAAUGGUGAAAGCACUGAAGAACUGAACAUGUCAUUGGAAAGAAGAUUGCCAUCCUUCCUGGAGAAACAAAACAUUAUUUGCACUGGAAGUCAAAAUAAUACUGACAAAAAAGGAGUGUGUCUGGAGAGGAAUGUAUGUCGAUUUUCUGGAGGAAAAGUUAUUGGUUCCUGCCCUGUUUCUGGCGGCUGCUGUUACUAUGAGCAUACUUGCUACAGUUCAUCAGUGGUCAAGUUGUCAUACUUUGUAAAUCCAGCCACUCCUCCACACCACUGUGCCUUCCAAGUAGAAACUGCAAACACAAAUGUUUGUCAAAUAAGGUUAGACUUUGAACAUUUUGAGAUAGCACAACCAACAGCACGUGAUACAACAUGCUAUGGAGGAUUGUGUGAUCGAAGAGAGGCAGCACAGUGCCAUAUAGACAGCUUUAAAGUUCUCAGUGGUUUUGGGGGUAUUUCCAGUCUUGGAUUUACCAGUCUCUGUGGCUUUAAUACAGGACAGCACAUUUAUGUACCAGUAAAUGCCUCUCAAGGAGUGAACUCAGUUACCUUGAGUUUCCAUCUAGCAGACCGCAAUCUGCACAAUUCCCUCAUUCAUCCUGCCUGGAGGAUUCGUGUUACACAACUUGAGUGUGUCCCACAACAAUAUGUCUUAUCAGGACAGAAACGAGUAGCCCCUUUAUAUACAGAUUUCAACAGUCUAGCACCACCUGGCUGUCUACAGUAUUACACUGAACGUUCUGGAAACUAUCAGACCUUUAACUUCAAUAGUGAAGAAGAAAUCAAACAACAAUACACUGCUGAUAUGAACUACGCAAUAUGCUUCCAUAGACCUUCAGAUGCUUGUGGAAUAAUGCAUAUAGCUGAGAAAUUUGAAGUUGGUUCAUACCACAGACAAGGUGGCAGUGAAACAGAUCAUCAUUGUGAUUCUUACAGUGUUUCUGAUUACCUUUUCAUUCCUAAUGGCAAGACCAGUGACAGAAGACAAGCUGACAAGUAUUGUGGAACAUCAUUGAAUCCCAAUAUUUCUGUUACAGCAAUAUCCCCAGGGCCACUGUAUGUGAUCUUCAGAAGUGACAGUGUCACACUCAAUGAUUAUAUCAGCAGUGAGAGAGGCUUUAAGAUGAAGUAUCAAAUACUGAACAACUGCCAGUGA